AUGAGUGUCAUCACCACUUCGCAAUCUCCCCCCGUCACCUUCGACAGCAUGGCUGCCGCCAAUUACCAGCAGCAUUAUGCAGCCUCCAUGGAGGACAUCCCGCCCAGAAGCCCCUCGAUCUCUUCCUAUUCCAGCAAUUACAGUCACCACAGCUCUUCGACCGCUACAACUGCCUACUCUGUCGCCUCCCCAACUUCGCCUAAAUCGCCUUCCUAUCGCUUCUUCAGGCAGAACACCCCACCACAGUCGUUGCAGCAGCAACAACAGCAACUCCUCGAACCGGCCAUUAGGCGGAUGCCUGUGGCGGUGUAUGGCUGCAUCUUAAACCAACUCCAGAAUCUGCAUGAGGGUUCUGGCUCCUAUCAGUAUGGCUGUACGACGUGCUUCCAACGUGAUUUGCAUGCCUUGGCCCUGACGAGUCGGUCUUGGGAACGAGCCGUCCGGAGUAAACUUUACAAUCACAUUCAUAUUCUAGGAGCAGACUCACCCUCACAGCUGAAGAAAUUUCGUUUGAAAAGAGGCAGUCGACUCAAGCUCCUACGCCGGACGUUACGUGAGCGGAAACUUCUUGCUAAUCUAGUCCUGGAGUUACGUGUUCCGGAAUUCGAUCUUCUGCCGACUGUGAAUGGUAAAAUAAAUCCUCAGUGGGAAGAGUAUCGUGAUUUGAUUGCUUCGGUUGUCAUGGUGUGCCCGAAUUUGGAAAAUCUUGUUGGCUUCCAUAUGUCUUUUCACCACGAGUUCGAUCGCCUGACAUACGCCUUAUCGACGAGAAAACGUCUGCGGGAACACAAAUGGCUCCUUGGAGAACCGGUAGAUGCCAGUGCAGAACGCUCUCGAAGUGGGUCGCCUCCCAAGACGAAAUUGCUGGACCAACAACAGUCAUUUGAAUUUCUGGAUUAUCAUAUGUCGUGGGGAAACCUGGAAACCCUGAUGCUGCAUUCUCUCAACUCGACCGGCUCUCUCGAACAUGGUAUUUUCCUAAGAAUUUUCAACCGUCUGCCCUCCCUACAACACCUGUGCAUUUCGUCUUUCGACAAUGAUUCUUUCACCGAUCGUACUCUUCAAUUCCUUCCGUCACUUACAUCGCUGAGAUUGGAGAAACUGCGGGGAGUGACCGAUACUGGCAUUGCACAAUACGUUUCACGCCCAGAGGCUCGUAGCCUUAAAUCUUUGUCCUUGAUUGAGCAGAACAUUGGUUCUCUCUUGGCCGUUUCUAAGUUGUUUGCAUCCCUACACAAUCUGGAACGAUUCAGUAUUGUACAGUCGACGGGAACACCUUCUCUGCCAUCAGGUGGUAUGAUCUUCCAACCGAUCCUUGCUUCUGCUUCCCUCAAAUAUCUCCAUUGGGACGUUGUAGGUCCUGAAUCCGCCGCUGGACUCGGCAGGUUGGACUCUUUACCCUUCGUCUUUCCCCACAAGCCAUCAAACUCCCCUAAUUAUCACUUGGCUCAAAGCAUUCUUCAUUCGGGAUUCCCGCGUCUAGGCGAUUUGCGAGCGCCUUCCGAUAUCGAACCUCCAGGCAUUCUCCAAUCCGUUUGUCGACCGGUACCUCGUGGACAAGCCUUGAUUCCGUCAGAUCGAUAUAGCUUGCCGAGAAGCUCUCACGGAUCCGUAAGCAUAAGGCCGAUGGCUUUGCCUGCUGGAAACAAUUUGACGUCAGCACGGAUUCGGGCUCAAACGUUCAUUGACAUGGCUGCUAAGGAUAGCGAAACUGGAAUUAAAGUUCUUGUUACCGACUAUUCCGACUCCUACGUACCCGACAGCAUUGUUGAAUCGCCUUCUGAUGAUGAAUCGGUAGCCGAAAGUGAUCUGUUUGGAGGCUCCUCUCCAUUCGGCGCGAACGUUCAAUGCGCAAACGCGGAAGAAAACUCGGAGUUUCCACGAAAGAUGUAUGAAUUCAGAAUGCCGGCUGUGAUGGGUAUUUUGAAGGGAUCAACAGAUCCGGAAGAUGCAUCAAUACCUCGAUUCAUUCUUCGACCUGACCUCCCUGGCGCCGACUCGGAUGGGGGAUUGUUGGGCUGGAAACAUCUCCUGAGCUCAGAUCUCUCCACCGCCCAGGCCUCGAGCACUGAACACUUAAAACGAAGUGGAAGCGAUCUCAGCAUGGAACAACCCAUGUCGCCAGCUGCCACAUCACGAUUUGCCGGCUGGAGUGGAUUCGGAGGACGAUCCUCAUCUGCUGCGUCGGUCGCAACACCCGCAAGCCCUCCAACCCCAAUCACAUUUUCAUCAACAACCAACCCUCCUUGGGUGCGAGACACUUGCAACGGGGCAUGGAAUUCAGGACGUCCCAAAGACUGGUGGAUGCAUUUCGAGCGCGAACGACAUACGAGUUCCGACAUAAUCGAAACGAAACGAUUCUUCUAA